CAGCGACACAGCGUCAGUGUUUUUGAAGGCCCUCAGCUAGCCAACUAGCUUUAGCUUUGCUAGUCCACAUUUUGUAGAAAGCGUUUUGAGAAACCAUAACCCACUGAUAACUGUGCUUUACCGGCUUACACACCACCUGAAUCGGGGUUGACUGAUACUCACCCACGAUGUCCUUCCCCCCUCAUCUGAACCGGCCACUGUUACCCCCUCCUGGGAUGCCGCCUCCUCAGUAUGCUGGCUUCCCCUCAGGAGCCCCGAUGAUCCCAGUUCACAUGGGCAUCAUGACACCCACCCCUACAGUCCUCGUACCAACUUCUGUGCCCGUGGUCAGUAAGCCUGCAGUUCCCAGGAAGGAGAUCGCUCUUAUGCGAGCCAAAGAGAACGACGAGAACAGCGGCCCCACCACCACAGUGUUUGUGGGGAACAUAUCAGAGAAGGCCUCAGAUAUGCUGAUCAGACAACUUUUGGCAAAAUGCGGUAUCGUCCUUAGCUGGAAGAGAGUCCAAGGAGCCUCUGGCAAGCUUCAAGCCUUUGGUUUUUGUGAGUAUAAGGAGCCAGAGUCCACGCUACGAGCGCUGCGGCUGCUUCAUGACCUGCAGAUAGGAGACAAGAAUCUGCUGGUGAAGGUGGAUGCCAAGACUAAAGCCCAGCUGGAUGAAUGGAAGGCCAAGAAGAAGACUGCUAAUGGGAACAAGAAGGCUGAGGAUGCUGGAGAGGAUGAGGAAGAGGUUCUGGAUGAGGAGACUAAGAAGAGGGAUCAGAUUGUCAAAGGUGCUAUCGAUGGAUUGAUACGAGAACACGCUGCUGACCUCAAUGCGCCAUCACAGGAUGACGACUCCCACCGACGCAAGAGAAAGAAAGAGAAAAAGGAGGAGGAGGACAUCAAUGCCAUUGACAUGGAGGAGGACAAAAGAGACCUGAUUUCCAGAGAGAUUAGUAAAUUUCGAGACACACACAAGAAACUGGAGGAGGAGAAGGACAAGAGGGAGAAGGAGCGGCUGGAGUUCGAGCGGGAGAGGAGGGAGCGGGAAAAAGAGCGAGAGCGGGAGAGAGAGCGACGAGACCGCGAGAGGGAGAAGGAGCGUGAGAGGGAACGGGAGAGGGAAAGAGAGCGAGAGCGGGAGAGAGACAGAGACAAAGAGCGGGACCGCAGAACCAAGGAGAGAGAAAGAGACCGAGACUGGGACAGGGACAGAAGCCGCGACAGAAGCAGUGACCGCAGCCGAUCCAGGGAGCGGAGUCGAGACCGAGACAAAGACAAGAAACGGGACCAGGAGGAUGAAGAGGAGGCGUAUGAACGCAGAAAACUGGAGAGGAAGCUGAGAGACAAAGAAGCAGCUUAUCAGGAGCGCCUGAAAAACUGGGAGCUCAGGGAGAGGAAGAAAGCGAGGGAUUACACUAAAGAGGCUGAGAGGGAAGAUGAACGCCGACGAGAAAUGGUUAAAGAAGGCAAGCGGCUGAAAGAAUUUCUUGAGGACUAUGAUGAUGACAGAGAUGACCCCAAAUACUACAGGGGCAGUGCGCUGCAGAAGCGUCUCAGAGACCGAGAGAAGGAGAUGGAGGUGGAUGAGCGUGACAGGAAGAGAGAGAAGGAGGAGCUGGAGGAGAUCAGACAGAGACUGCUAGACGAGGGACAUCCAGACCCUGACGCAGAGCUACGCAGGAUGGAGGAGGAGGAGGAGCGUCUGCGACAGCCUCCCGUCAUCCAAGAACCGGAGCCCGAGGAGGAGCGGGAGCGCCACAGGGGCAGUCGAGACCACCGGGAACGCCGAGGGGACCGGCACAGAGAGAGAACAGAGGCCCGUUCACGCCCUGCCCACUCAGACGACGAGGUGGAGGAAGGCGAGGAAGAGGAUUAUGAAAAUGAUGAAGAUAACCCCGAUGCAAAACCUUGCCUGAAGCCCACAAUGCGCCCCAUCACAGCAGCGCCCUCUGUGUCAUCGGCCAGUGGUAACGUAUCCCCCAACACACCUGGGGACGAGUCUCCCUGCGGCAUCAUCAUCCCCCAUGAGAACUCGCCCCCCGAGGUGCUGCCACAGGAGGAAUACCGGCCCAAGAUCGGCUUGAGCCUCAAACUGGGUGCCACAGGCAGCCCCAGCCAACCCAGCACAGCUAAGCGGAAGAAGCUGGCGGUCGACAGUGUCUUCAACAAGUUUGAUGACGAGGAGGCCGAUGAGCUGCCCCGCAAGAGGAAGCUGGUGCCCCUGGACUAUGAUGAUGAAAAGAGCCUGGGGGUGGACGGGGCUGGGCUGGCAAUCAAGGGUGCCAACACUGAAGAGAAACGCAAACACAUCAAGACUUUAAUUGAAAAGAUCCCCACAGGCAAGCCUGAGCUGUUCUCCUACCCACUGGACUGGUCCAUGGUCGACACGACACUAAUGGAACGGCGUGUUCGCCCCUGGAUCAAUAAAAAGAUCAUUGAGUACAUUGGAGAGGAGGAGCCAACAUUGGUGGACUUUGUCUGCUCCAAGGUGAUGGCUCACAGCACCCCACAGGGUAUCCUGGAUGAUGUUGCUAUGGUUCUUGAUGAAGAAGCCGAAGUCUUCAUAGUGAAGAUGUGGAGGUUGCUCAUUUAUGAAACUGAGGCCAAGAAGAUUGGACUGGUGAAAUAAACAAAAUAAGUACUACAUGAAGAUCAAGCUUUUUAUAAUAGUAUAGAGUAAUUAUGUCACCCAAAAAAACAAAUUGAUUUUUCCACACCUACACAGACAAACUGCAGGUUCUGCUCACUGUCACAUUCGCACCGAUUGUACAUGUCACAUCUGUGGUUUUCUCUACAGACAGACUGCACUCGGCUUUCUGUUUGCAGGUGCUGACUGUGUUGGUGUGCUCUUGUGUGUGUAUAUCAGUUUGAUUGCGAUGAGGUGACUCUGACUAGGAACCAGUGCUGACAAGACAUCCAGGACCACUAUGGCUCCGUCAGAUAAGGCCUCAUCGCCCAUUUCAACCUUAUCUGCUGACGGCCAUUUGCUUCGGCCUGUUUAUUUGUAUUCAUGCCAGAGGUGUCCCAACAGCCAUUUUGGAAGAAUCUUACAGACUGCAGGGUUGCUAUAAGUAAUCAGCUCAGCAUUUCACCAGUUUCAUGACCUCUUCCUAAGUACACUUUGAAGGAGUGCAUUGUUUUACAUGCAUUAAAUACUGUAAGUCCCUUUUGACUGAUGUUGUCAAGCGAGUCUUUGGAAAAACCUUUGAGGUUUGACAUCUGGCUUGCAGUUGUGAGUGUGUGGAUCGGUUUAGUCGAGACAUAACCAUGAACCAGAAUGUGAUAUUUUUCCCAGGGUUAUUUUACUCAGGUUUUUGGACAUAACUCUAAUUAAUUUCUAUCGAGAUGGUAGGUUUUCCUUUGUGUUCCUUAUUACUUUCCAGAUAAAGAUGCUAGAAUGGUCUCAUCCUCAGACCAUCUUAAAAAAAAGAAAAAAGCACCUAGUUGUCAUUUAAAAUGCGUCUACUGAACAAGACCCACAAAGUAAUGGUUGGUGAUAUCCCUGCAGCUAUAAAAAAAAAAAGCACACAUCAUAACCACUAUAGGAAAUAUGGCUGCGUUAACAAUGAUUUGCAGUUGUGAAAAUGCUUUCCAUUUGUUUUUGUAUUGGUGAACAUUUGUUUUGAAUAAAGCUGAUUUUUU